UACACGCGGAAGAAACCCGCCAUUAAAGCAAAGCUAACCUCCAACGUGAGAGUUUCGUUGUUGUGCACUCUACUUAAAAGUGCAAUUUUUUUACAUAUACCUAACACUGGUAUAUUCUUGGAAGGAUGGCGUACAGGGGACAAGGACAGAAGGUCCAGAAGGUUAUGGUCCAGCCCAUUAACCUCAUUUUUAGGUACCUUCAAAAUCGCUCACGGAUCCAGGUGUGGUUGUACGAACAGGUGAACAUGCGGAUAGAGGGCUGCAUUAUUGGUUUUGAUGAGUACAUGAACCUGGUUCUGGAUGAUGCCGAGGAGGUCCACAUGAAGACUAAGAACAGGAAGCCGCUGGGGAGGAUCAUGUUGAAAGGAGACAACAUCACCUUACUGCAGAGUGUGACCGUCUAGGAAAACGGAGAGGCCUACACAUCGUACCUUUCGAUAGAAAUGUUUUCCUUUUUUUUGCAAAUGGUGUUGAUGUUUGUGUUUGUUUAACAUGAAUAUUGUGUUAGUUUCUGUCUACAAAAUGGUUUUGAGAAUAAACUUUUUCUUUUCUUA